GCUACUGGCACAAUCUCCAUCGACACGCUCGAUGACAGCAUACAGGAGCACCUGCUCUGGCAUGGAACGUCCAAAGCAUCAGCAGAAGCGAUUGUCACUGCUGACUUCCGCAUUCCAAAGGAUGCAAAACAUGGCUUCCGCUUCGGAAGCGGCCUGUAUUUUGCGGAAGACAUUGGGAAGAGUCUCAGCUAUGCUCCUCUGGAGAAAGGUUCCGAUGCCGGGAACAAGUCGCAGUUUGUGCUCCUCUGUCGCGUGCUUUGCGGGCAGAUGCACUACACGGAGGGUCGUUCUGACGGCAACGCUUCGGCAGACGCCAAGCAGGUGGGGAAGCACGCUGUACUGGCCAACCCCAUGGCCGAAGGGCCGAGGGAGUUCAUCGUCUUGACCGAGAUGCAGGUCUACCCCGAGUACCUGGUGGAAGUCUCCGUGUCCAAGGCGGAGGGCCCGUGA